CCAUGAGCCGCAGCUACAACGAUGAGCUGCAGUACCUGGACAAGAUCGACAAGAACUGCUGGCGGAUCAAGAAGGGCUUCGUGCCGAACAUGCAUGUGGAAGGCGUUUUCUACGUGAACGACCCCCUGGAGAAGCUGAUGUGUGCGGGCGGCUUUUUGCCUGCUAUGAAACAGAUUGGGAAUGUGGCUGCAUUACCUGGUAUUGUUCAUAGAUCAAUAGGCCUUCCAGAUGUCCAUUCUGGCUAUGGGUUUGCCAUAGGCAACAUGGCUGCCUUUGAUAUGAAUGAUCCCGAGGCAGUGGUGUCACCAGGUGGUGUCGGAUUUGACAUCAACUGUGGUGUUCGCUUACUGCGUACAAAUUUGGAUGAAAGUGAUGUGCAGCCUGUGAAAGAGCAGCUCGCCCAGGCUAUGUUUGACCACAUUCCUGUUGGUGUUGGCUCCAAAGGUGUCAUCCCUAUGAAUGCCAAGGAUUUGGAAGAGGCGCUGGAGAUGGGUGUGGACUGGUCUCUCCGGGAAGGCUAUGCCUGGGCAGAGGACAAGGAGCACUGUGAGGAAUAUGGAAGAAUGCUGCAGGCUGACCCCAACAAGGUCUCCUCAAGAGCAAAGAAGAGGGGCCUGCCUCAGCUGGGGACCCUGGGAGCCGGAAAUCAUUAUGCCGAGAUCCAGGUUGUGGAUGACAUUUACAACGAAUAUGCUGCCAGGAAGAUGGGCAUCGACCAUAAAGGGCAGGUGUGCGUGAUGAUCCACAGUGGCAGCAGAGGCCUGGGCCACCAAGUUGCCACAGAUGCUUUGGUGGCUAUGGAAAAGGCUAUGAAACGGGACAAAAUCAUAGUGAAUGAUCGCCAGCUGGCAUGUGCCAGGAUUGCCUCUGCAGAGGGACAGGAUUACUUGAAGGGAAUGGCAGCUGCUGGAAACUCUUCUAUGACUUUUCUAACAAGACAGGCCUUUGCCAAAGUCUUCAACACAACCCCAGAUGACCUUGAUAUGCACGUUAUCUAUGAUGUGUCUCACAACAUUGCCAAAGUGGAGCAACAUGUAGUGGAUGGAAAGGAGCGGACUCUGCUGGUGCACAGAAAGGGGUCAACCAGAGCCUUCCCUCCUCACCAUCCUCUUAUCGCUGUCGAUUAUCAACUGACUGGGCAGCCUGUUUUGAUCGGCGGGACUAUGGGCACCUGUAGCUAUGUUCUUACUGGCACAGAGCAAGGCAUGACUGAGACCUUCGGAACUACUUGCCAUGGAGCUGGUCGUGCACUGUCUCGAGCCAAAUCUCGACGUAACCUGGACUUCCAGGAUGUAUUGGACAAGCUGGCUGACAUGGGCAUUGCCAUCCGUGUUGCUUCUCCCAAACUGGUCAUGGAAGAAGCACCAGAGUCUUACAAGAACGUGACAGAUGUGGUUAACACAUGCCACGCAGCUGGCAUCAGUAAGAAAGCCAUUAAACUGAGACCUAUUGCUGUUAUAAAAGGCUAGUAAAUGACAAGGCAGCAGAACCGCACCAACAUCUCCAGGCCUUACACAAAACCGACUAGAACCGUCAUCUUCCCACACCCUUUGGACUCUGUAGGAUGCUCAGAUAUCACAUCCCUAUUCUGGAAAUUUACAGUUGAGGAUACUCCUAUUUUUAACGACUCCUAGGCAUAAAUAAUGCCCCCUCCCUCCUCCUUGUUAUAUGGUGUUCUUUUCUUGUGAA